GUGACAGGGGUGGUGUCAGACAGUGGAGGGCAGGCCCACUACAUCCUGUCUGGCACGUGGGACGAUAAGAUCGAGAGCUCCAAGAUCGUCCAGAGCAGCAAAGGGGGCAGCGGCUCCGAGGGCAAGCAGAAGACUGUCUACCAGACUCUGUCCCCCAAACUACUGUGGAAGAAAUACCCUCUCCCGGAUAACGCUGAGAACAUGUACUUCUUCUCCUCGCUGGCGCUGACGUUGAAUGAGCCGGAGGAUGGGGUGGGGCUGACGGACAGCCGGCUGAGACCGGACCAGAGGCUGAUGGAGGCAGGGAGAUGGGACGAGGCCAACUCUGAGAAACAGAGAUUAGAGGAGAAACAGAGAGCUGUGAGGAGGAGGAGAGAGGCAGAGGCCACAGACGCACUGGACAACGGUCGAGAGUAUGAGGGCUUCCAGCCACAGUGGUUCCACAAGAGGAAGAACGCCAUCACUGGGGAGACAACCUUUGUGUACAAGGGUGGAUACUGGGAGGCUAAGGACAGUCAGGACUGGAGUACGUGCUCUGAAAUCUUCUAAGCCUAGACCAGACCCAUCCUACCCCAUCACUGAACUCACCCAGGCCCAGGAGACUGCUCCACCACUGGCCCUGGAGGAAUGGGGGUCUGGGUCUGGAUGUGGACCUCUGUGUGCAUGAGAAUGUGAAUGUCUCACACACUCACAACACAGUGUACCUCCCCAUGUACACACAGAGGUCAUAUUUUUUACAGGGUCAAGGGAGAGAAGGGGCCUUUUCUAGAUCCUUCCUGACCUAACACUGAGCUGUGUGGGGGUGUGUGAGAGAGAUGGGAGAUUGAAUACCAUAGAAAAGGGGCCCCAUAGAGAUUUUCAAAAGAAUCAGGUGCUCCACACACGCUACCCACAAUGCACCUUUCCUCUGCUCAGCACAUCUGUUUCUAGGGGUUUUAGUGAUUGAACAGCAACCCAUCUAAAUCAGUUCUCUCCUCCACUUGUAUACUGGGAUGAGAUGAAGUCCAUCCUGUCUAACGGAUGGACGGACAGACAGAGAGACAAAAAGAAUGCUUCAGAAGUUUAUAGAAAGACAGUGUAUGUAUGUAUGUAUAUA